GUUAAUCCUGCAUGUAAACUGCAGCCAAUAGAUGCUGGUGUUGAGUUGGGCUGGGAUUAGCAGGAGGCGAAUGAGUUUCAAUUUUACUGGAUUACAGAACAAAGAAAGGGGAAAGGGACACCCUGCUCUGUGAAGGGAAAAAACAGAAAUAAACUCAGAAAAGAAGACACACAACAUCGGUAAUAAGGCGGGCAGCUGAGGUCGUCGUUGUAAUGAUUCGGAUUACGAUGUUUUAGCAAACGGCACGCUUACAUUGUGGAUGGGAAUUGUGAGCGUUUCUGAUGGAUUAAAACGGGGAAUAAACCUAUUCCGGGAUUGACAGCAGCAACAAGGCUAUUUAAUCGCAAAUUAAGAGGCAUGGCUCAGAUGAGGAGGCUGACAGGUGAUGGCAUCAGGACAAACCCCCGCGGCGAGACACACGUCCCGCUGCUGUCAGCCAGACAGGAGAUCCUCACCAGUCUGGUGUCUGCCCUGGACUCUGUGUGCAUGGCGAUGUCUAAACUGAAUGCUGAGGUGGCCUGCGUCACCGUGCACGAGGACAGCGUGAUUGCCGUGGGAACGGAGAAGGGCAGAGUGUUCCUCAACUCCAGGAGGGAGAUCCAGACAGACUUCUACAAGUUUUGCCGGGUGCCGUGUCUGCAGAAUCUGACGGCAGCAAAUGCCCAUACCAAAGACCCGGAAGGUGACCUCAGCAAAGUGGGCAAAGACGGGGAGCCUGGGAAACAGAGAGCCUCCUCUGAUCUCCCGUCCAACAUCUUUGUUCUGAGGAAACUGGUGGAGGAGGUCUUCACUGUUCUUUACAGUGAGGCUGUCGGGAAGAGCAACCUGGUCCCUGUGCCUUACGAGUGGAUCCAGAAGGACCCAAGCUGUGUGGUGGCCCAUGGCUUGCCCGAGGGAGUCUCUUUGAAGAAACCUUCAGAGUACGACACCAAAACACUGAUGAAGAUUCUGGAGCAGAGCCACCGCAUCCACUUCACAGUAAAAAGGCCAGCAGAGGAUUUGUCUCGAGAAGCCAAGUCCAGCACUGAUGCCAAUCAAAACUCUUCCAACGCUGUGAGCAGCCACGCUCCAGGGAAGCCAUCUGCCCAAACGGUCCCUUCACCCAGUCCCACCACCUCCAGUAACUCUGGGGUUCUGUCCAACUUCCUGUACGGCAUGCCCAUGUCCUCCAAACCACACCCAGAUGGGAAGCUGGAUUUCAAACCACUGUCUCUGCUCAACCUGGGAAAAGAGAGGCAGAGCAGCUGGACAGAUAAGGGCUGCUCUGGGAAGGACAGCAGCAGCACUGAUGAGCCAACAAGACUAUCUGGUGAGCAGGGUCAGAGCCCACCUGGCAUCCACAUCUCUAAGAGGCUCCUCUUCUCAAUCGUGCAUGAGAAAUCAGAAAAAUGGGACGCGUUCAUUCGGGAAACCGAAGACAUCAAUACAUUGAGAGAAUGUGUUCAGAUCUUGUUCAACAGCAGAUAUGCGGAGGCGCUGGGUCUGGAUCACAUGGUGCCUGUCCCCUACCGCAAAAUCGCCUGCGAUCCAGGAGCCGUGGAGAUCAUCGGCAUUCCUGAUCAGAUCCCCUUCAAGAGGCCGUGUACAUAUGGAGUGCCCAAGCUCAAACGCAUCCUGGACGAGCGCCACGGAAUCCGAUUCAUUGUCAAACGAAUGUUCGAUGAAAGGAUUUUCACAGCUGCUGGCAAGAUGGCAAGAGAAGAGGGCAAGCAUGACCUGGGCUCCCCGCCUGAAGACAGCUUCUCAGACAGUCUCUCCAUCCCGGCCGCCCCCACCGCCUCCGAGCUGGUCAGCAAUCCUCACAGCAGCAGAUCAACAAGUGCUUGUGUGAGUCCCUUGGCUGACUUCGAAGCAGGUCCUUCAGGAGACUGCAUUCCUCUGCGAAGGAUUAAAACAGAGCCUCCAGACGGGGAAAUCAUUCAAGUCACCGUGCCUGAUGCUGGCACGGGCGGCGAGGAGCCCGGCGAGUCUGUGGCUGACCCGGCUGCAUUCGCACCAUGUCCAGCCACAGCCUCGCCCACCACCCCUCCCACCCCCUCUGCCCCGGCCGCCCCCCCAGCUCCCUCAGGGCCCCAUCACCCACUGGAAAACCACUCGGCUGAUGCGUUAUCACCUGGUGAUGCUUCCCAGAGCAUUAGACGACCUUCAGAAGCCGGGAUUCUGGUGGAGGACAUUGGUGAAAUGAUUCUUCAGCUCCGAAGACAAGUGGAGAGCCUGUUCAGCAUUAAGUACGCCGAAGCUCUAGGCCUUCCUGAGCCGGCCAAGGUGCCGUACUCCAAAUUCCAGAUGUACCCAGAGGACCUGUACGUGACGGGGCUCCCAGAGGGAAUCUCCCUCCGGAGGCCCAACUGCUUCGGAGCAGCCAAACUGCGCAAGAUUCUGGCUGUUAGCAAUCAAAUCCAGUUUGUCAUCAAAAGGCCGGAGGUCUUAACCGAACAAGUAAAACAAGAGAUGCCUUCCAUCGCUGUCUGUGAUGCAGAACUGGACUCCAAGGACGCGGCGCCGGUCACAGAAGACGCCGCAUCCAUAUCCAAGAGACCCGGGUUCUCCGAGUGCAUGGAGUCCAAGCUGUCCAGGAUAGACCUGGCCAACACGCUCCGGGAGCAGGUCCAGGAUCUCUUCAACAGGAAGUACGGCGAGGCGCUGGGCAUCAAGUACCCGGUCCAGGUCCCCUACAAGAGGAUCAAGAACAACCCAGACUCGGUCAUCAUCGAGGGCCUCCCCCCCGGCAUCCCCUUCAGGAAGCCCUGCACCUUCGGCUCCCAGAACCUGGAGAGAAUCCUGGCCACCGUUUCAAGGACUAAUCCCCAAACCAGUAACGUUCCACUUCUCGUUCCGUUUACCUGCUCAGCGCCUCGCCGAGUCACCUUACUAAAGAAAGCCUACGCCUCCAUCAGCGACGAGGACGACGUCGGCCGCAUGGGGGAGAAAGUGGUCCUGCGAGAGCAAGUCAAGGAGCUGUUCAAUAAGAAGUAUGGUAAGCUGGCUGUUGGUCAGCUGUGGGUCAGCUGCUGUCCACGUGCGGUGGCCGUGCAGCCCUACGGGGAUCUUCCUCAGUUUAUCACAGCCGCAGGACUCCCUCUGCCCAGGUCUUGCGAGGCUCUGGGCUUGGACCGCACCGUGGUGGUUCCAUACAAGCUGAUCCGCAGCAGUCCGGAGUCGGUAGAAGUCAGUGGCCUUCCAGACGACAUCCCCUUCCGCAACCCAAACACCUACGACAUCGUGUGCCUGGAGAAAAUCCUCCAAGCCUCCCAGAAGAUUGCUUUCAACAUCAAGAGCCCGCUGCAGCCCUUCGCAGAACUCUGCAGCCAGGCGUGCAACACAGGUGGGUUCAGCUCCCCCCCCCCCGCCCGGGUCAGGCCCCCUGGCCCCGCCCCCUGGCCCCGCCCGGGUCAAAGCCUCCCCUCUGUGUCUCCAGCAGGAACAGAAGCCUCGACCAACCGGCGGAAACGCAAAAGAAUCCAGGAGAGCGGGCGGGCGCCGGCCUCCGCCGAGCUGGGGCUCUCAGCCAAUCAGAUUCCAGUGAUGCAGUGGCCCAUGUACAUGGUGGACUACAGCGGAGUCAACGUGCAGGUUCCCGGGAAGGUCAAUUACUGAACCCCGGGGCUGGACGGCAGCCGAGGGCCAGGAGGCUCCCGGGGGGGUGGUCUGGCCCUCGGUAGGGGGGGGGGCAGCGUCCCAGCAACACCAACCAUCCAGAGUCCGGCCUGAACGGUCUGUGGACCCGGGUCAGACUUUCCAGGUCUGCGGACCCGGGUCAGACUCUCCAGGUCUGCGGACCCGGGUCUG